CUGGAAACGCUGAAGUCAAGAUUCCAGCAGUUCCAGACCGGCCGUGUGCGUGCGUGCGGAUGGGGGUGGAUGCCGGGCCCUUGACUGAAGCUAUAAUUCAUCACCGCAGAGCAGCCAGACGUCGACUGCACAUUCUCCUUGUUUUCCUCCACGCUAACGGCUGCGUCUGCUCAGUGAAGAGGCAAGAUCUGCUUCAGAGCACAGAUCCGCUCGCCAGGCCUAGACUUUGCAGUGUGGAGAAGCGAAUUGGCGUUCGUCACGGGAUAAGACUCAAACUCGCCCAUCUCCGCCAUUUGCCUGCCUCACCACCAGCGCGCCCUUUUCCCUCCUCGAUUCGUCCUCCCAAACGGCCUGGAGAUCGACUUUGCGCAGUCUACUCUUUACAUACCGGUUCACUGCCUGCGCUUGUGCGACAAUUGACGCUUCCUUCGUACGUCUCCACCAUUCGCCACUUGCAAACCUUUGACACGAGCCAGGCCCAACAAGCUUUUUGCCUAUCCGGAGACAACCUGUCCCACGUCGCUUUGCCUUGGACAGCCGGUGCGGAAGCCAGUGUCGUUCACCGUGGUGCAUGGUCUUUUUCUCGACAGGAUUCUCCCACCGCUCCGCAAUCUUUGCCGUACAUCAAAAGGCGACAGCCGCAAAAUUUGCCUGGAACAGAACCUAGAUCAUCAGUCUUGCUGCUUAUGCCAGAGCACAAUUCUUGACCGUCAUCGACUUUGGCUCAGCGAUCGUAUCGCAUGUCGAGUCCUUAAGCCGGCGUCUUUUGGGGCAUACCGUGGGGAGGGUCUUCGUGGAGGGGUCGCCAGAUUUUUUCCAGUCAUCCUUACCUGAACGUACUCGCUACCUGCACGCCUUCUCCUUAUCAUGGCCGAAGUAUUACCCGUCCAGGUUCCAGAAGGCCAGUCUUACUUCCCUGCCUCGCCUCUACGACGCUCUUCGCCCUCGCAGACCUCUAUUUUCAUAGGCCCUCCGCCAUACUCCUCGCGAAAGCCUAUUUACUCCGGCUCGGACGACCACAUCGACUCGUUGCCGUCGUCGAAUUCCUCAUCCUCGCGCAAUUCUCAGAUCGACAUCACCCAGCCAUCUUCGUUCGCCUCGACGACUUCAAGCAGCACCCUGACGCUCGACACGACCACGACCUUUGACACGGACGACGGCUUGAACUUGCCUAGCUACGGCGGAGCCUACUUCGAUGAUGCAGACGACCAGCAAUCGCCUACUAGCACCAGCGUACCGCAAUCGCAACCUGAGACUACGUCAACCCGGAAUGAGAUUCCCUCAGCUAUGCCAGAGAAAGUGCCCAUAUCCGAAGACGACACGUCUUUAAAACCAGAACCUUCGCGACACGUCGACUAUCUGUCGCACGACUGGGUCGAGGAAGAUAUAUGGUCUUCAUGGCGGCAUAUUGUGUCGAAGCGCAAGAUCUACGGUGAGCGAUCACGGUUGGAGAAUGCCUCGUGGCGUACCUGGGCAAAACAGAAGUACAGGCUUCGCACCGUCUCUCCCGAGACGUUGAAUUGGCUCAAGGAUUGCGACGUCACCUGGCUGUACGGCCCGCUUCAGACGGCGCGAAACUACAGCAUAUCAGAGCCGCACACGGAACCGACGAGCAACUUGUCCAAGAACAACUCAUUCUUGAACAAGAAGCCGAUCCUAAAGAAGCGAAGCAUGUCGGAGGUUAUGCUUCAAAAAUCGUUAUCGAGCUCGUCGCUCGUGAAGCAAGCAGCAGCUGCUGUGCAGGCGCAACAACUCAGACCCAGCCUGCGGUCUCGACCUGAGCUCGGUCGUGCGCAGUCGGACUUCUCCGCCGUGUCAUCGCGCACUCUGAGCACUGAUACAUCACACUCCUACGCGUCAUCGCACUCCACCUCUGGCCUACAGACGCCUGAGCAUGGAGAGAAGAAGCACAUCCGCUUCGACGAUCGCGUCGAGCAAUGCAUCGCCGUCGAUGUCAAAGACACGGAUGAGGAUGACGACGACGAUGAAGAUUCUUGGAACAGAGACGAGAACGACAGCUCAGACUCGUCUUCGGACGACGGUCUGGUCAUGAUGAAACGGUCGAACAAGAGACGGCCGUUGGCACGCACGAACUCAAAGUCGAGCGUGGCAGAGAACAAAAUCAUUGAGAAACUCGAACCUACCACGCUCAAGUACCGGACCGAUUCGCCGGACGUGCCGGACGUACUCGACGCGGCAACGUCGCACUCGCUCGGGACGAGCUUCUGGAACAGGAAGGGCAACCUCUCACCUUCACCCUCGCAGGAGACGCUGCGGCCUUCGAAUCCGUCGAGGAAUUUUUUAUUGCCAGAGGAGGACGACGAUGGUGACCUGUCCUGGGAGCCGUCCUCCGCAUUCCCCGUCUCAUCCUCAUCCUCUUUCUUGGGAGGAAGAGAUGGAGCCUCCCGGGUGGCCGAGCAAGACGAUGGCUACGCAGUUGACUUUCUAGUCCAAGACGAUGAAGGCGUCGCCAGCGGCAGCAUGAUGCGACGCACGGAAAGUGGGAUGCUGAUGCCCUACGACGAGGUGGAAGACAGGAGAGACUUGGGGCUGCUUGGGAGGGUUGUGGACACGGUGAACACGGCCCGAGAUAUCGCGCACGUCAUCUGGAACGUCGGGUGGAGAACCUGAGAUGUCUGAGAGGUACCGCUCUUUUCCCACAGUCGGUGGACGCCUUUUGAGACGCUCUUGGACGAGAUUUUAUGGGGAUCCUGCCCACUUCUCCCUCUCCUCAAAAGAAAAAAGCCAUCCAUUUCUCUGCUCCUCCAACCAUUUGACUAAUGGGACUGGAUCAGAACCGACGAGGGGGCUGGUUGGGCAACAUUCUCUCUGAAUCUAGGAAGUUAUCACAUGGUAAGGCUGAGCAUUACUGCAUGUCCUCACAGAUCUGGACGGCCGUGGAGGCCUGUAAAUAUAUACGCACGCAUGCUGGAGGUCACGCAAGACCGGGAAAAAAAACAAAAGCCGGGUUGGAUCCAGCAACGUUCAUACACAAGGGUUGGCAUUUUGUGAUAUUUUGGAUCUGGACGAUUGGGAUUUCCAAUCAAUCUGGCCUGCUUGUGGGAAUUUUUUUUUCUUUAAUUUUUGUCUGCUUCAUGUGAGCGUUGGCGAAAAAAAGCGUCGUGACAUGCACUCGCCGUCGACGGGCUAUUCAUAUUUACCGCUCGUCUUCUGUCGUGUGCUUUUCUUUUUGGGAAAUCUUGGACUACAUCACGGGAUACGAGAAGCGACACGACAACAACGGUUCACCAGAAUGGAUACUGCUACGGAGCUGGGGAUAAGGGGGGGUGGGAGGCAUCGGGAUACUGGACGGAGCAAACGCACAUGGGAGCUGGAUUCUGUUUUCUGCGCUCGGGGAUGGUACUGGAGGGUUUGGGCUGGUGUAUCAUUAGACAGGUUCGAAUGCACAUUCCUCACAGGCAAGUCAGAGC